AUGAGAGUAACCGCGGUAUGUGCGGCGUUGCUCGCUCUAGCACUCGUCAUCGGGACUUCCAGAUCCCACCCGCUCGAAGGGAAUCGAAAACCAAGAUCCAAAGCGGGAACCGUAUCUUAUUCGGGCUAUAAACUCUUCCGCACCGACGUCCCGCUGCCCCAGUUGCCUGUCGUCGACUCCUUGGAUUCUUCUGACGGCGUGGACGUGUGGUCGUGGCGCUACAACGACCAGAGGCUGGAGUACGAGUUGGAUGUGCUGACACCUCCGGAUGCGGAACAGCAGGUAAAACAGGUGUUCUCCGACUACCAACUGAAUUACCAGGAGGUUAUCGAGGACCUCCAGAGUGCCAUUAACGAGGAAUUGGAAGAGGAUGUAUUUUUGUGGAACCGACCCGCCCAUCCCAUGACGUGGGAGAAAUAUCACUCCACCGAAGACAUGGACCAGUUCCUCGACUACUUGGAAGGCCGUUACUCUCACCUCGUCAGCCUCAUCGAGAUCGGCCAGAGCUUCGAGAACAGAACCCUGCGCGUCGCCAAGGUUUCCACGGGGGGGGAGAACAAGCCCGCCAUCUGGAUCGAUGGAGGCAUCCACUCCAGGGAAUGGGUGUCCCCGGCCACAGCCAUGUUCAUCCUGCACCGCCUCGUCGAGUUCAACUGGGAGGACCAUGAGAUUAUCAAUGAGUUCGAUUGGUACAUUCUUCCCUUGGCCAACCCCGACGGCUACGAGUACACCCGCCACCACGACCGCCUUUGGAGGAAGACUCGAUCCAUCAACCCGGAAAUGCCCGGGUGUGUCGGGGUAGACGCCAACCGCAACUUCGGGUAUCGCUGGAUGGAAGGCGGGUCCUCGAGUAACCCUUGCAGUGACAUCUACGCCGGCCCGACUGCCUUCUCCGAGCCCGAAACGAGGGCUAUUAGGGACUUCUUGAUCGAGAAUAAGGAUCAGCUGAAGGUGUACCUGUCCAUACACGCUUAUUCCCAAAUGUGGAUGCUUCCCUGGGGAUUCAGUCAGGAAAGGCCUGAGAACUAUAAGGACAUGUAUGAAGUGGCACUGAAUGCUACGAGCGCCCUGGAGGAAUCUUAUGGCACUAAAUACCGCAUCGGAAGCAUCCCCGAGUUGCUCUACGUGGCGACAGGAGGCUCCGGAGACUACGCCCUGGGAUCUGUUGGCAUUCCUUACUCCUACUCUCUCGAACUCCGCGAUCUGGGGCGCUACGGUUUCAUCCUGCCAAGAGAACAAAUCCUGCCAACAGUUCGGGAAACCUACGACGGAAUCAAGGCCAUGGCAAAGGCUGUCUCCGAAAAGCUCCAGGUCUCUAACAGCACGAGCGUUGGGGUAUAAUAGGAACGCAAUAGUAACGUUAUGAAGAAGUUAUCUACCCCAGAGCGCCCUUGUCCUCUCGUGUCAAGACAGUAGCCUGUCAUUCCCCACUAAAACUCCUU